AUGCAGCAGCAGCAGGAGGCUUCGCUGCUGCUGCAGCAGGUGGUUUUGCUGCUGCAGCAGCAGGAGGCUUCGCUGCAGCAGCAGCAGCAGCAGGAGGCUUCGCUGCUGCUGCAGCAGGUGGCUUUGCUGCUGCAGCAGCAGGAGGCUUUGCUGCUGCAGCAGCAGGAGGCUUUGCUGCUGCAGGAGGGGCAGCUGAACUCGGAGGCGCAGCAGCAGCAGGAGGUUUUGCUGCUGCUGCUGCUGCAGGAGGCUUUGCUGUUGCUGCUGCUGCAGGAGGAGGCUUUGCUGCUGCUGCUGCUGCAGGAGGUUUCGCUGCAGCAGGAGGCGGUUUCGCUUCUGCUGCAGCAGGAGGAGGUUUUGCUGCUGCUGCAGCAGGAGGAGGUUUUGCUGCUGCUGCAGCAGCAGGAGGCUUUGCUGCAGCAGCGGGAGGCUUUGCUGCAGCAGCAGGAGGAGGCUUUGCUGCAGCAGCAGGAGGAGGCUUUGCUGCAGCAGCAGGAGGAGGUUUUGCUGCAGCAGCAGGAGGUGCUGCUGCUGCAGCAGGAGGCUUCGCUGCUGCUGCAGCAGGUGGCUUUGCUGCUGCAGCAGCAGGAGGCUUUGCUGCAGCAGCAGCAGCAGCAGGAGGCUUCGCUGCUGCUGCAGCAGGCGGCUUUGCUGCUGCAGCAGCAGGAGGCUUUGCUGCUGCAGCAGCAGGAGGCUUUGCUGCUGCAGCAGCAGGAGGCUUUGCUGCUGCAGGAGGAGCAGCUGAACUCGGAGGCGCAGCAGCAGCAGGAGGUUUUGCUGCUGCUGCUGCUGCAGGAGGCUUUGCUGCUGCCGGAGCAGCAGGAGGUUUUGCUGCUGCUGCUGCUGCAGGAGGUUUCGCUGCAGCAGGAGGAGGUUUCGCUGCUGCAGCAGCAGGAGGAGGUUUUGCUGCUGCAGCAGCAGGAGGAGGCUUUGCUGCUGCAGCAGCAGCAGGAGGCUUUGCUGCAGCAGCGGGAGGUUUUGCUGCAGCAGCAGGAGGAGGCUUUGCUGCAGCAGCAGGAGGAGGUUUUGCUGCAGCAGCAGGAGGAGGUUUCGCUGCAGCAGGAGGAGGUUUUGCUGCUGCUGCAGCAGCAGCAGCAGCAGCAGCAGCAGCAGCAGGAGGUUUUGCUGCAGGAGGAGGCUUUGGGGGAGCAGCAGAAAGAAUAG